AUGAGUUUCUUUGAGACUGUGAUGGAAAAUGAUAGCUUUGAUCGGCCAGGGACUGGUGAUGUCUCUGUCGAUCUUGCUAAUCACAUAGUCAAAACUCCAUUGAUGUCCCUUGAUCUCAACAAUAUGAAUAUACAGACAAACGGGUUGAAAGGAGAGCUGGUGAACAUCCCUCUCAAUGACUUAAAUGGUCUUAGACCAGACUCUCGCCAAACCAAUUCUUCAGGCAAUUUCCACUCUCACAUGAAUACUGCCUUCGAUCCAAAGUUCCUCGAUCUAUAUUCAACCCAUUCUCCAAAAGAAGUGAUAUCUCCCGCAAGAUUACUCUACAAGAAUUCAAAUAGUACUCCGAGACUUGUUCCGUCGGUCUCAAUGGUUACUCCGAGCGCAUUUAACGAUGUUUUCAAACAGUCACCACUAAAACUGUAUUCCAAAUCAGGAACCCCCCAAUCAGCCUCCAAAAUGAUGUUCCCUCGCUCGAUUUAUGAUGAUGUCGAUAUGCCCCAGAACUGGCUGGGAAAAGAAACAUCAAAUGGGGAUACAACCGAAAACAUGCUAUCCGAAGGGCAUGCAUUUGUGAACCUCAACGAAUCGCACUUCUUUGUCCCUUCAUCGCUUCCUGGAUCUCAGGAUACCGCAAGAGUGCUUAGUGACUCCUCUUUCUCGAAGGAGAGGGUCAGAUCUAAGUUCAAUGUGGAAAACAUCAGUUCGCUCCCUUCUUCUAGACCUGCUUCGCAAAGCUUCAAGUUCCCUACUUUCAACAUCCCCGCUGAUUUGAAGUACUCGGACAAAGAGUAUGAGUUUGGAAUGGACCACAAACGAGAAAAGAAAAGCAAAUCGAAUUUCCCUACUGUGACAAAUUCGUUUAAUCCAACCCCCAUCCCAGAACAGCCUGUGAAGAAAAAAAGGGGAAGAAAGCCCGGAUCUACAAACAAGAAACGAAAGGAAACUCUGAAGAAAGAGGACAAGUCUUUCAGAAAGAAGCUGAAAGUUCGUUUCCCCAAAAAACGCAAAACACAUCCCUCCGACAUUGAUCCUGCAGUCCAGUUAGGAUUGGGAGACGAUGAGGACUCGCUAGAAAAUGAUGACUUCGAUCUGAAUGGUUCUGAUGGACACAGGGGACACCUUGCUGGAGGGCCAGAAGACAUGCAAGACCGAAUGAAGAGAAUCAGAAACCGUGCGCCAAGAUCUAAGAACGGGUGCUGGACCUGCAGGCUGAGAAGAAAGCGCUGUCCGGAACAGCGCCCUGUAUGUUCAGAGUGUGUACGUCUUGGUCUUGAGUGCGAUGGGUACACUGUUGAACGGCCUGCGUUCAUGAGAAACUCCAACGCUGCGAAAGGAAAGAUGGAGGAGAUCAAGACCAUCACGCUUGCAAAGAAGAAACGGGGUUCCAAACAAAGAUAUGAGCGAGAACAGCGAUUAUCCGGAGAGUCACCUCCAAGUGACGGAAAUAUAAAAGUACUAAGUUAG